GAGACGCGGAUUAAUGCCACGCACACUCCCAUCUACUCUUCCUCCUCUCGUCACCACCCGAUCGCGCCAACGCACGCACGCCGCCCAGAUCGCGCGCGCGCGCGCGCCGCGAGCUCAGCUCAGCUCAGCCUCAGCUCCUCCUCUCUCUAUAUAUACCCUCGCGCGCCGCGCACGGACACGCACGCACGCUGCACGCACCGUCGUCGACAUCGCUGUCGUCUCUGCGCGAGAUACUCUUAGCUUCGUCGUCGGCGGCAAUGGCGCCGCACCCGCUGCUGAGGGGAGGGGCGAGGCGGGGGAGGAAGUACGCGCACGGGAUGCACCCCGCGCAGAUGGAGGCGCUGCGCGCCAUGUGCGGCGCGCUCAUCCCGUCGCUGCCCGUGGACGCGGACGGCGGCGACGGCGGGCGCCGCCCCGGCGACAAGGACCUCGAGCGGUUCUACCUCGCCUCCGCCGCCGACUCCUCCAUCCCCGACGAGGUGGCGGAGCUGCUGGUGACGCGUUGCAUAUGGGAGGCGGUGGCGCUGACGUGGGUGGUGCUGUGGGCGCUGAGCACGCGGGCGGGCACGCUGCUGCUGUGCGGCCGGGACAGCGUCGCCGCCGUCGACGGCGGCGGGUUCCCGUUCGUGUCCGUGCGCCGCUUCGCCGACAUGCCGGCGGCGAGGCGGGAGGCGGCGCUGUGGCGGUGGAGCGGCGCGCGGUGGCUCUUCUUCCCGCUCCGCAUCGCCUUCGCCAUCGCCAAGAUCCUCUGCCACUACGUCUUCUACUCCAUGGUGAACGAGAACUCGGAGAAUCCAUACUGGAAAGCAAUAGGAUACAGAGUGGAAGAGCCCCGACGUGAUCGAGCAGAGUCGAUGCCGUCGCCGUCGCCAUCGCCGGUAUCGCGGCGGCCACUGGACAACGGCGUCGUGGAGACGAGGGCGCUGACGGACACCACCCUCCUCCGGUCGCUCGCGGCGAAGGGCCUCGCCGUGAGGCCCGGCGCGUCGGACGAGCACCACACGGUGCGGUGCGACGCCGUCAUCGUCGGCUCCGGCUGCGGCGGCGGCGUGGCCGCCGCGGUGCUCGCGUCCGCCGGGUACAAGGUGGUCGUCGUCGAGAAGGGCGACUACUUCACCAAGGAGGAUUACAGCUCGAUCGAGGGCCCGUCCAUGGAGCGCCUCUUCGAGAGGGGCGGCGUCUUCUGCACGUCCAACGUCACGACGAUGAUAUUCACCGGCGCGACGGUCGGCGGCGGGUCGGCGGUGAACUGGUCGGCGAGCAUCCGCACGCCGGCGGGCGUGAUGCAGGAGUGGUCGCGCGAGCACGGGCUGGCGGUGUUCGCGAGCCCCGGGUACGCGCGGGCCAUGGACGCGGUGUGCGAGCGCCUCGGUGUGACCGACGCGUGCCGGGAGGAAGGGUUCCAGAACAAGGUGGUGCGCCGCGGGUGCGACGCGCUCGGGCUGCGCGCCGACGCCGUGCCGCGCAACUCGUCGGAGGGGCACUUCUGCGGCAGCUGCAACUUCGGGUGCCCCACCGGCGACAAGAAGGGCACCGACACGACGUGGCUCGUCGACGCCGUCGAGCGCGGUGCGGUCAUCCUGACCGGGUGCAAGGCCGAACACUUCAUCGUCGAGAGCAACGGCGGUGGCGGCGGCCGGAGCAAGAGGUGCGUCGGCCUGGUGGCGACGUGCAUGAGCAACGGCAUCACCAAGAAGCUCCGCGUCGAGGCGAAGGUGUCCAUCUCGGCGAGCGGCGCGCUCAUGACGCCGCCGCUGCUGCGCAACAGCGGGCUCAAGAACCGCCACAUCGGCCGGAACCUGCACCUCCACCCGGUGUCCAUGGCGUGGGGCUACUUCCCGGACAACACGCCGGAGCCGCACAUCCCGGGGAAGUGCUACGAGGGCGGCAUCAUCACCAGCAUGCACCGCGUCACGGAGCGCACCAUCAUCGAGACGCCAGCGCUCGGCCCGGGCGCCUUCGCCGCCCUGGUGCCCUGGGAGUCCGGCCGCGACAUGAAGGAGCGGAUGCGCCGGUACGCGCGCACGGCGCACGCGUUCGCGCUGGUGCGCGACCGCGGCGCCGGGUCCGUCGACGGCGAGGGCCGCGUCCGCUACGCCCCGAGCCGCGACGACGCCGAGGAGCUCCGCGCCGGCCUCCGCCGCGCGCUGCGCAUCCUGGUGGCCGCCGGCGCCGCCGAGGUGGGCACGCACCGCAGCGACGGGGCCCGCCUCCGAUGCAAGGGCGCGCGCGACGCGGACGUGGAGGCGUUCCUCGACGAGGUGACCGUGGAGAAGGGGCCGAUGCACUCGACGACGGACAAGUGGUCGGUGCUCUGCUCGGCGCACCAGAUGGGGAGCUGCCGGAUGGGCGCGAGCCCCCGCGACGGCGCCGUCGACGUCGCCGGCGAGAGCUGGGAGGCGGAGGGGCUCUACGUCUGCGACGGCAGCCUGCUCCCGACGGCGGUGGGCGUGAACCCGAUGAUCACCAUACAGUCCAUCGCCUACUGCGUCGCCAAGGGCAUAGCCGACUCGAUGGCACACGGCAAGGAGCAGCGCUAGUAAAAUCUUUUUCCUCUUUUGUUCAUGCAUAAAUUGCAAAUUUGCAAUGUCCCUGCUUGUUAAUCAACUGUAAUAGUGAUGAUAAAUCACGAGCAUAUUUCAGCAGAUGAUUCAUAUGGGAAAAUAAUUCUAAGGGAUUUAGAGAUCUGUUUAGAGUCUUUCAGAGACGACAUGGGCCUCAAGAUAAAUAUGGUAAAGGUUCAAA